AUGGCGAGUGGUGAUAAUAAUGCUUCUCAAAGUGUUGGAUCUUCCGAACCAACCACAAUAAAAAGAAAGUCUAAUGAUAUAGGAUGGGAGUAUGGAGUAAUUAAUGAUCCGACUAAAUCAUGGGACAAGAUUAAGUAUUUAUUCUGUAAGAAAGUAAUGUCCGAUGGAGUGUAUAGGAUUAAAGAGCAUAUUGCUGGCAUACAAGGAAAUGUAAGCAAAUGCCCUACAGCUACAAAGGAUGAUCAAUUGAAAUGUAGGGAAGCUCUCACGAUGGCGAAGAACAAAAAGAAGAAUAAGAGAGCUGAAGAAGUUAAUCUUAGGGCGGAGGUAAAGAUCUUGGCGCAUGACAAUGAGAGUAUGAGUAAUGCUAGUAUUGAUAUUGAUGAGGUGCAGCAGUUUGGACCUUUGAAACCACCUCGGCCAAUUGGCCCUAUGGAUAAGUUCACAAAUCAAAUCAAUCCCGAGUCUUCUUUGAGUUCAGGAAAGGGCAAGGCACAACAACGAAUAAUUGAUGCAUUUGACAAGGAAAGGGCUAGUCGGGUGAAAGAUUACAUAUGCAGAUGGGCUUAUGAAUCAUCUAUUCCAUUUCAUUGUUUUCAGAAAGAUAACUUCAAGUUGUUGGUUGAAGCUAUUGGUCAAUAUGGUCCGGGAGCUCAAGUACCAAAUAGAUAUGAAAUAAGUGAAACUUGUUUGAAAAAAGAGGUUGAUCGAGUCCGAGAAAGUUUAAAGGUACAUGAAGCGGAGUGGAAAUUAAAUGGGUGCUCAAUUAUGACUGAUGCUUGGACAGAUAGGAAGAGAAGAAGCAUCAUGAACUUGUGUGUCAAUUCAAGGUUGGGCACUGUGUUUUUAUCUUCUAAAGAAUGUUCAAUGGAGGUACACACAAGUCAGUUCAUAUUUGAGUAUGUGAAGCAUGGCAUUCAACAAGUAGGAGAGGGGAAUGUUGUUCAAAUUGUCACCGAUAAUGCCUCGAACAACAUGGGAGCAACUAAAUUGUUGAGGGAGAAGAUGCCACUGAUAUUUUGGACUUGUUGUGCAACACAUUCCAUUAAUUUAAUGCUUGAAAGCAUUGUAGGUUUACCACGGUUUAGUAGAGUUCUUCAGCAAGCAAAGGCUUUGACUAUCUUCAUCUAUGCACAUCAUAAAACUUUGGCAAUGAUGAGAUCCUUUACAAAGAAGCGUGACAUUGUCCGGCCAGGUGUAACUAGGUUUGCUUCUGCAUUUCUUACGUUACAGAGUUUAACUGGUAAGAAAGUAGAAUUAAAGGCUAUGUUUACAAGCAAUGAAUGGGAUGAGUGUAAGUUUGCCAAGACAGUUAAAGGGAAACAAGCUUAUUCUAUUGUAUUGAGUCAUGCAUUAUGGCAAGGGGUUGCAUUAUGCUUGAAGGUUUUUGCACCAUUGGUAAAGGUGCUUCGUAUUGUUGAUCAAGACAAGAAACCUUCAAUGGGAUUUGUUUAUGGUGAGCUUAUGCAAGCAAAAGAAGACAUUAAGAAUGCAUUGAAUGGAGUCCUAUGUAAGUGA